AUGUGGUGUUUGGUGAGGUGCACAUUCUCUGACCUCGCCGGCUGGGCAGCUCCUCGCCUUUCCGGUAGCUAUUGGGGCCGUUCCUUUGCCGUACUGCCGAAACCGGGAAUCCUAGAGUCUGCUGGAUCCCCCGAAGCGGCAACGAUGGUGAAUAGAGGCGCUUCGGUAUAUAUCCUUCAUGAGAGGGAUCUGGAGAGCAUAGUCGAGGGGAUCGUCCUAGACAAUGCACAAGGCCACCCAAAGAUGGUUCGUGAUAGCGAGGAAUGUUCUUCUAGUAGCCCCGUCACCGAAAGACCUCGGGCAACGGCGCUCCACGUUGACGAGCCGAAACCUACCCCCGGCGCCCACCCCCGACUGCCGUGGCAGAUGACACGCUCCAACGCUGCGGCUGCUGUUGCACCUGCGUAUCAGAUUGCGGAGGACAGAGAAGUCGCAGCGAGCGGGCCGGUACCGGCCGAUACACUCAGGCAAGGGGCCUAACAGCAACAUGGAACCGAACACGCCCGCCUCCAUUUCGUAGCCGUCCACUCUCCACCACCAAAGAUUCUCGCCAGCGCAUCUAAACACGAUGCAUCUGACCUCGACUCCGUGUUUGUACGCCACCUUGCCGUACCAGCCGUCGGCAGGAGACAUGGCAUCGGCAGUCAGAGGCAUACAGGGCCGGCGCUCGAUGGAACACCUGAGACGGCGGUAAAAAAUGCCUCCACAUUGAGGGUUUGACGGCAGGUGAACCCUCGCCGACUUGGUGAUGCAUGCGCAGAGCGGGCGGCCAGCAGCCGCAGGGAGGUCGAUCCCCUCGAAUGUUCCGAGGUCGUGAUAGCCAAGUUGUCACGCGCAUUCACAGGGCAACGGAAAUGGAGCAUUUGAUGCAGGGAGGUAAGGCUUGAAUUGUCUGAAAAGGUCUGUCUUUGUUUCCUUUGGGAGGGC